AUGUCCGAGGUAAAGUUCAAAGUUAUCAUCGUCGGUGGAUCCAUAGCCGGGUUGACCCUGGCCCAUUGUUUGCAUCGGCUGGGAAUUGACUACAUCGUUUUGGAACGAAGAGAUGAGAUCUCGCCUCAGGAGGGUGCUUCGGUUGGGAUAAUGCCCAAUGGCGGGAGAAUAUUAGAUCAGUUGGGGUUGUACGAUCAGAUUGAAGAACUCAUUGAGCCUCUAUACUCGGCUCACAUGCGGUACCCUGGUGGGUUCAGUUUCCAAAGUCAGUAUCCAAGGAUUUUGCGUGAGCGAUUUGGCUUCCCACUCGCCUUUCUUGACCGCCAGAAACUCCUAGAAAUUCUACACCAGUCGCUUCCAGACGACGGCAAAAUCCUCACCGGCAAGAAAGUGGUUGAGAUCCAGCAUUACGAAGAUCAUGUCACUGUACAAGUAGAGGACAACUCUUACUAUGACGGAGACAUCGUCGUGGGCGCAGAUGGAGUACAUAGCAAGGUACGAGAAGAAAUGUGGCGAUUGAUGAACUCAAUGCAGCCAGGACUCAUCAAAGAAGGCAGAAAAGACAUGACGAUUGAGUACGCUUGCGUUUACGGCAUCUCAUCACCUAACCCAGGUCUUAAGCCCGGGCAGCAGAUUACCUGUCUCAACGACGGCUGGAGUAUCCUGAGCGUCAUCGGCAAAAAGGGACGGACUUUCUGGUUUCUGUUCCUCAAACUUGACAAGCGAUAUACGUACGGCGCCGCCCCCCGGUUCUCUGCUCAGGAUGCGUCCGUCUACUGUGAGAGAUUGCGCGACAAAUCAUACUGGGGAGAUGUAACGUUUGGCAACCUUUGGGACAAACGAGAGGCCUUCAAUAUGGCACCGCUGGAGGAGGUGCUGUUUUCCAAAUGGCAUUGGGGACGAAUGGUUUGCAUCGGCGACAGUAUGCACAAGAUUGCACCACACACAGGCCAAGGUGCCAAUUGCGCCAUAGAAGAUGCGGCAUGUCUGAGCAAUCAGUUACACAAAUACUAUGCCAGGACUGAUAGCUCCAGGCCCUCCUCUCUCGAGAUUAGCCAAAUUUUCCAACGCCUGACACAAGAGCGGAUCAGUCGCUUAGCAGAUCUAGACCAAACUGCGCGGUUGGCCAUGCGCCUUCAGGCGCGGGAAGGGAUAGUCAAAAGGCUCUUGGGCCGGUUUAUGCUGCCUUACUUGGGGGAUAAACUAGCGGACUGGGCAUCAACAGACAUAGCGAACACGAGGGUAGACAGUGACGCUCAGCGAAUUAGAGAAGACUAG